GCUAGAGCAUCGCCAUUUUGUCAGGAGGGUUUUUUUCCCCCCCAGCUCAGUCUUUUCAAAUGUUCUCCCUUCCCGCCGGAAUAAUGCUGUCAGUGGAUAUACAUUUGACGUUUUUGAAUAACGAAAUGCGUCUAGUGGAUCGGAUUAAGAAGAUCAAGAGGCCAACGUUUUAACACAGUUCAAAUUAUUAGGCGGCGCCGCUCUAACUCAGUUGUCCGUGUCUGUGGUCCGCCGGGCCGGUUCACUGCGCAGGUUUGGACCGCGCGCCAUUUUGUGAAAAUUGACACAAAAUUCUUGACCAAAAUUAUCAGAGGACACGGAUUCUAUUUCACAUUUGGAUUACUCUGGAUUCGACUGUAUUGACAUCUGACUCGAAGCGACUAGCGUUUUAUGUGCAGAGACGACGUUAAAUUAUAAUUUGGUAUAUCGUUUAUUUAGCGUCGGCUAGAAUUGUUAGCUUGGGGCUAGCCACCAAAGCUACAUCGUUAGCAAAAGCUAGUAGCUAACGUUAGCCGCGUUCAUAGGUUAGCCAGUGAGUUCUUCGUGGUAGUUAGCAUGUUAUUAGUCAUCAGCUGAUUGUAGCUUAAAUCAAAGACACUUCGACCAUCGGCAUUGUCCAUCAAAACUGGAGACAUGAAGAGCCUAUUACAUCCAACUGGCAAAUAAUUUUGGUCUUUGCCUUUGAAAAAACUGGAUUAAAAUUACUCGCUAAACGGGGAGCAGGGAGGGGAGAGUCUCAAGCUGGAUAAGUUUCCUCAUCAUACAGGUUAUUGGACUUUAAAUGAAGAUCGUGCCAUCAGAGUGUGUUGUGGUUUGCUGCUGGACUCUCUUCCCAGGAUGAUAUGAAAUUUAGCUGGAGAAGAUGCAUCCAGGAGGAGAGACUUCAGCAUGCAAACCUUCGUCCGUCCGGCUUGCGCCCUCUUUUUCUUUACACACUGCUGGUCUUCAGAUGGCUGCUCCAAUGCCCCAUACGCACCAGCAGUACAGUGACCGCCACCAGCCUAGCACUGACCAAUCUGUUACGGUCUUACCGUACAGCGACCAGACACCACAGCUCACUGCCAAUCAGAGGCACAUGCCCCAGUGCUUUCGUGACCCAACUUCAGCUCCCCUGAGGAAGCUCUCCAUUGACCUUAUCAAAACAUACAAACACAUCAAUGAGGUGUAUUAUGCAAAAAAGAAACGACGGCACCAACAGGGUCAGGGUGAAGACUCUAGUCACAAAAAGGAGAGGAAGGUCUUCAAUGAUGGCUAUGACGAUGAUAACUAUGACUACAUCGUCAAGAAUGGGGAGAAGUGGAUGGACCGUUAUGAGAUUGAUUCCUUGAUAGGAAAAGGGUCAUUCGGACAGGUUGUAAAGGCAUAUGACCGUGCAGAGCAGGAAUGGGUUGCUAUCAAGAUCAUUAAGAACAAGAAAGCUUUCCUCAAUCAAGCCCAGAUUGAAGUGCGCCUCCUUGAGCUUAUGAACAAACAUGAUACCGAGAUGAAAUAUUACAUUGUUCAUCUAAAACGGCACUUCAUGUUUCGGAACCACCUCUGUCUAGUAUUUGAAAUGCUUUCAUAUAACCUCUACGACCUGCUCCGAAAUACCAACUUCCGCGGAGUUUCACUAAAUCUCACCCGGAAGUUUGCCCAGCAGCUAUGCACUGCGCUGCUCUUCCUGGCCACACCUGAGCUCAGCAUCAUCCACUGUGACCUGAAGCCGGAGAACAUCCUACUCUGCAAUCCCAAGAGGAGUGCCAUCAAAAUAGUGGACUUUGGCAGCUCAUGCCAACUAGGACAAAGGAUAUACCAGUAUAUCCAGAGUCGCUUCUACCGCUCACCAGAGGUGCUGCUGGGAAUGCCCUAUGAUUUGGCCAUUGACAUGUGGUCCUUGGGUUGCAUUUUAGUGGAGAUGCAUACAGGAGAGCCCCUCUUCAGUGGAGCUAAUGAGGUGGACCAGAUGAACAAAAUAGUCGAGGUUCUUGGCAUCCCUCCUAAUCACAUUAUGGACCUAGCCCCAAAAGCCAGGAAGUUCUUUGAGAAGCUUUCGGAUGGGACAUGGAGUGUUAAGAAGACCAAAGAUGGCAAAAGGUAUAAGCCUCCAGCCUCAAGGAAGCUGCACUCCAUCCUGGGUGUGGAGACAGGGGGCCCAGGUGGCAGACGAGCAGGGGAGUCUGGCCAUGCUGUCGCUGACUACUUGAAGUUCAAGGACCUGAUCCUCCGGAUGCUGGACUAUGAUCCUAAGAGCCGCAUCCAGCCCUACUAUGCUCUGCAGCAUAGUUUCUUCAAGAAAACUGCAGAUGAGGGGACCAACACGAGCAGCAGCGUGUCCACCAGCCCUGCACUAGAGCAAUCCCAGUCGUCAGGAACCACCUCCAGCACCUCCUCAAGUUCAGGUGGAUCAUCUGGGACAAGUACAAGUGGAAGAGCAAGAUCAGACCCUACCCAUCACCACUUGCACAGUGGAGGACACUUUGGCACGACUAUGCCUGCUAUCGAUGGUGACAGCCUCUGCCCACAGACAAGGCAGCCUUAUCCACCGCCACUGGUGUGGGGAGGAGGGGUUGGUCCAGAGUCUGUCACCGGUGAGACCCAUCCUGUCCAGGAGACCACCUUCCACGUCCCCCCUCAGCACCCGAAGGCUCUGCACCCCCACUCACACACUCAUCACCACCACGGGCCCAUGAUGGCUACGCGGCCGCGCCCGCGUCACUACACGUCCCCGACACACAGUUCCUCCACACAGGACUCCAUGGAGGUGGUGCACGGCCAUCUGUCCAUGACCUCCCUGUCUUCCUCUGCCUCCUCUUCCUCCACAUCGUCCUCUUCCACUGGGAACCAUGGCAACCAGGCCUACCAGCUCCGCCAUUUGCCUGCGGGAGCUCUUGACUUUGGUCAGAAUGGUGGGCUGAGCAUGGGGCUAGGUGCCUUCUCGAACCCACGGCAGGAGACUGGCAUGGCAGCGCACCCUGCUUUCUCCAUGGGCACGAACACAGGGCCUGCCCACUAUCUAGCGGAGGGCCACCUGGGCAUGAGGCAGGGCAUGGACCGGGAGGAGUCUCCAAUGACUGGAGUGUGUGUGCAGCAGAGUUCGAUGGCCAGCUCGUGACUGCACUGACAUUUGGCUGUGUGUUCCCCCUGUGCGUCAUUUUUAAGGUGGUGUUUUUUACUACAAGGUGUGUUGAGAACAAAAGCUGCUCACGUCAGAAGGGAGAUAUCACUGAACCGCUACUGCAGAGAAAAACCUUUUGUUAAAAAGUAUAUAUGUAAUUUUCAUCCAUUUUUUUUUUUCUUUUUUUUCCUUUUUUUAAUUUUUUUUUUAUUUCAAUCAUUAGGCACAAAAUAAUACUGCAGAAUAACCAUAGUGAGAUUGAGACAUCCAUCUUACCAUUUCACCAGUUUCAUGUAACCACCAAGUAAUCACCAUAUGGUGUUAUGUGGCAAAAUCUUCUAUAGAGCAUUUCAGAGUAAAGGUUCAAGCUGUUCUGCCAGUAGUUGUUGGUGAUAAAAUGCCUGGCGUUCUCUUUCGGUUCUGACCGUGGACUGCCUGACAUUACUGUUCCACUGGUUCUCAAUUAUUUUGCCCUUUUAAGUGAAAUUUCACAAAAGCUGCUCGUAAAUCCUGUAGCUUGACAAUGAGGGGAAGUGUUGCAGUGAUAUUUCUUGUAUUGGUCUUGGUAUUGUGUAACUCUUGUUUAAAGGGGAACACAUAGCAGCGGAAUUCCUACAGCAUGUGCUGGCCGGAUGCCGCAGGUGGAUACUGACACCACGAGGUCAAUGGAGAGGGAAGCACCUCCCUCAAAGCCGGGAGACCUGUGGUCCUGCAGUCCUGGGCUCCGCGACCGGGCCGGGCUGGGCCGCGCACAGAUGAGAGCAGCAGUGGGCAUGGGAGACGUAAGGAUCCAGCCCAGUGAAUGGAAGACAGUCAGUGGCUGGUUCUUAGAUAACCCUUUGGCCUUAUGACUCUGGGACUUGGAACGAGAUGGAGCUGGACAUUAUGAUUUGAAUUAAGAUGGCUUUUCUCUAUUUUUCUCUCCAGACAGCCCUUAAUUCUUAAAGGAAAUUAAAACAACACAGAAAAGGUAAAUAAGAAUGGUAAUUUGAGGCCUUUCUCAACAAGAUUUCUUCAGCAGGGCCCCAUAUAACAGGGUCUUAUUGUACACAACAACCUCCUAAACAUUACUUCCUUGAAAAUCUUACUCACUGGUUAAAAUUUUGCAGUGGAAAGAACUAUCUAUUCCAGAGUCUACCUUUUUAUGUUUGGUUAUUUUCCCCUUUUGCAUGUAGUUCCUCAUCAGAACCACCUGCACAAGUCUCUCCAUCUAAAAAACAUGGAAACUGAAGAAAAAAAUGAGUUAAGUGACUGCCUUUUUUCUCCUCAAAUUAUGCUGUGAAUUUUACAAGAAUUUAUUUUCCCUUUGGAUAUGUUUUUAUACCAAAGCAGUUGUUUUAUAGCAUAUAGGUGUCUGUAACCAAUAAUGUAGCAGUUCACCACUUUGACGCAAAGUUUAUCAAGAUCUUAUUUUAACGUCAAUACAAACAGCUGCAAUAUAUUACUUUAGCAAAACUGGAGACCGUUGUUGAGACCGUUGGCUAUUGUGUAUUCUGGCCAAAAUUGUUUUGGCAUUUUACCAAAACUGUUUCCAUAUUAAUUGGUAGAUUAUUUUGGGAGUCUUUUAAAUCUUUGGUAUGUUAGAGAAUUUGGUAGUUACUCUGCAGGCUCCGGAGUAGCAACAUAGAAUCUGAUGGUUUAAAAAAAGGAGACUAAUGCGUUCUAUUUCUGUGUUGUCGUCUUUCUUUUGCCCCCAUCAUACUAUUUCAAAGGGUUGUGCUGCCUUUCAUACAUCAUCUGGUCAACUAGGCUUUUAAAUGCUGAGAAACAAGUCUUGGCAGGGUAAGGAUAAUUGUGGCAAAUCAGUUUGAGUUGAGUUGUAUUGCUCUGAAAUGGUAGGGCAGAUCCCCUUGAUUGUUGUCCUAUUCAAAGGGAAAGGGAAGUCCGUCAGCCCACAGUCAACAUGCUUUGCCCAGGCAGACGUGCAUGUUCUUCAAACAUAGUCAAUAUUUUUUGUUAUAUCAGGGAUUUUCAAGUGCUUUCUGUCUUCUGUUGCUCAUUUAACCAGUUUUUUGAAAUAAAGAAAUCCUGCCUACCACUACUUUUCAAAUAAAGGGCAGGCCACAGGUCAUGCUGUUGUCAUUUUGAAGGAGAAACAUCAACAAGAAAUCAUGCUUGGUAUUUCCACAAACACAAAUGUAAAGCUACCUAUUGAGAUUGGGGUUUAUCUGGAUGUCAAGGUUAAUUGCAAAUUUGCAAUCAUUUUCAUACCCCACUGAAUUUGACACAUUUAGAAUUGGCCAGUGAUUUUACUGCUGGCUCUCAUACUGGUACUAAACAUUCCAAAAAUAAAUAAAGACUGAAAAAUAAAAAAAAUUGACUGCAGUGACUAGUAAGUGUGCGCCUAUUUCAGAUCAUGCUGAUUGACCUCUUAUUUAGAGCAGUUGUCAUGAAAUGCAGCCCCUUUUUAAUAGUUGAAAUAGAAUUUAUGUAUAUAUUUAUAUUUUUUUAAUAAAGGAAGUAUAGAACUCACUACCUUGCUCCUGCUGGUAUGUUGAUUAUGUUUGUCAAUUUGGUGACCAUUCAGUGGGCAGGAACUCCUGUUUUCUUAGUGGCAAAGCCUUGCCUUUUGGCAAAGGUACUUGACUACAUCAGGACAACACUAUGAGGUAGGGUUUGAAUCAAACAGGGAAAGCUAGAUCUUCAAACCUUAAUAAUUUUCACAGGGUAUAUUGUAAGUGCAUGUACAUCACAGACCUUACUUUUUGGUUAUAUGAAAAGCACAUGGUUGAAAAAAGGUUCCAUCUUUCAUAAGCCUGUUGAGUUUGUGAGUUUUUCACAAACACAUUCUUGUUGACAUAUCUGAACACCCAAUAGAAGUUGAAAUACGUAUUUAAGUUCAAGUUUCCCUUUCAUUUUUUCACAUUUUUCCACUUUUGUUGUACAUGCAACAUGCACUAUAGAAUUGAACAGCAUGGGGGAAAGGAUAAGUCCAUGUAUCCACAGAUUGUAAGAUCUAGUCAAGACUUUGCUGUGUUUAUGACAAUGCCCUUUGUAUUAUAUUAAGACAGUCUUAUGUAUGAUAUAUAAAAAGAAGUUAAUUGAA